AGUUGGACGAGGUGGACGAUACUUUACGCACCAGACCAGACCAACUACCGAUAAAACGAUCGAAAGGGAACUUAAUACAAACUUAUUAUUUACGCUACCGUGUGAAAUGGAUACCGGUUGUUUCACCGCGGCGCAGCGUAUUUCGUGCCACGCCACGAAUGCUGAUUUGUUUAAACCUGCUCAGGAGCGUGGACCCCAACAAUCCUCUGCCCAGGUGAAAGCCAGCAGGAAUAAACCCGAACAAACCAAACCGGAGCUGGCCCAGGUGGUGACAGACUCCAAAACGGGAAGAUCAUACAGUAAAGGGAAGCUUUUGGGAAAGGGUGGCUUUGCUCGAUGCUAUGAGAUGACCGAUCUCUCCAGCAACAAAAUGUAUGCCGUGAAGGUGAUUCCACAGAGCAGGGUUUCCAAACCACACCAAAGGGACAAGAUCACGAAUGAGAUCGAGCUCCACAAAACCCUGUCGCACAAACAUGUGGUGAAAUUCUCCCAUCAUUUUGAAGACCAAGAUAACAUCUACAUAUUCUUGGAGCUCUGCAGUCGGAAGUCUCUAGCACACAUUUGGAAGGCAAGACACACGCUCACAGAGCCAGAAGUGCGAUAUUACCUCAGACAUAUCAUAUCUGGCCUCAAGUACCUCCACAGCAGAGGGAUCCUACACAGAGAUCUCAAACUAGGCAACUUCUUUGUCAACGAGAACAUGGAGCUGCGGCUGGGAGAUUUUGGUCUCGCUGCUAAACUGGAGACAGCCGAGCAGAGGAAAAAAACAAUCUGUGGGACUCCCAACUACUUGGCCCCUGAGGUGCUCAACAGACAGGGCCACGGCACAGAGUCCGAUGUUUGGUCCCUCGGAUGCGUCAUGUACACACUGAUGUGCGGCAACCCACCCUUUGAGACACUUGACUUGAAGGAGACCUACAAAUGUAUAAAAGACGUUCGGUACAACCUGCCCUCCUCGCUUUCCCCCGCUGCACAGAAACUCAUCUCAGGCAUCCUGCAGAAAAACCCCAGCGACAGACUCGCACUGGAUCAAAUCCUCAACCAUGAAUUUUUCACCAAAGGUUUCACCCCUGAUAAACUUCCCCCUAGCAGCUGUCUGAUGGUGCCAGAGCUCCACCCACCCAGCCCUGCCAAGAAAUUCUUCACUAAGAUGGCGAAGAGCUUCUUUAGCAAGAAGAAGGCAAAAGUGGAGAAGAUUCCAUUAGAGGAAAAAGAUGACAAAGACAUUUCCAAGCUGGUGUCUGGCAUCGUGAAAUGUUCCAUCAACAGGCAGAUCAGCUACAAGACAGUGGGACCCAAUGAGGUGCCUUGUCCCAUUGGUCACGUGGUCAGCCCCCUGCCUCUGGAACCCACUCCUGCUGAGGAGGAAUCAAGGAAGUCACUCUCUAACUCCUUCAAGGGCACAACGGCCAGCAGCACUGAACCAUGUGAAGACAUCCCGACUCCAGCAUCUGUUUCUGAAUCGGCCUUGAAAGUUCUCAACAGCUGCCUUGCUACCAUGCCUGCAGCCACUAGGAACCCACCCUGUUUGUCCCGGCCCCAGUCCUUCCUGUGGGUGACAAAAUGGGUCGACUACUCAAACAAGUAUGGUUUUGGCUACCAGCUCUCGAACCAAAGCAUCGGAGUGCUCUUCAAUGAGGGAACACGCCUCAGUCUUUGUGACCAACGCAAGACGGUCCACUACUGCUUGCCCAACAACAAACACUUCACCUUCCCCACUACUGCGCUACCUGAGCAGCUUCGGAACCAGAAACAAAUUGUAGAGCUCAUGGCCAACUACAUGGAGCAGAACCUUAUGGAGGGUGGUGAUCUGCAUUGUGACAAUCAAGUAUCGGGUUGCCCUCCUUUCCUGCUCCAGUGGGUGAAGACGGACCAUGCUCUUGUCAUGCUCUUCAACAAUGGCACUCUACAGGUUAAUUUCUAUGCUGACCAUACCAAGAUCAUCCUGUGCAAGUCCUCAGAUGACGCCUACCUGCUCACCUACAUCAGCCGGGAGCGCGUCUCGUACACGUACCUCCUCAGCAUGCUGAAUGAGAUGGGCUGCACCGCAGAGCUGAGACACCGCCUGCGAUACGUGGUCCAGCUGCUCCAACACCACGCUGAUGCCUGAGACCGCUGCUCAUUGGCUCCCAGGCUGCCUAACUGGCAGAUGCCUUAGAGGCGAUCUGACUGGUUAACACCUCGCUUUUAGGCAGCCUGACUGGUUGACUUAAUUUCUCAAUGCCAGGACGAGCUGACGCCUGUUUAGUUGACGGAAGGAAGACUACUCUGAGGAUUUGAGCAUAUAUUCUUUUCUGAACUGGUGUUUAGGCAGCUGAUUUUUCAAAUUGUUUGACCUUGAUCAACAUCAAGCAGUCAGGAGGUUGCCCAAUGCAGCAUCUGCCUCGAGGGUUUGUCCUGUCCACCGUGAAGGUAUUGAUGCCUAAAAUAAGAGACUCCUCUCUGGCCUGAUAUGAUGGAUCCCUUACCGGCAGAUUCCUAAAUUAACAUUCAAACUCCCAAUUACCUACCCUCACUCACAACCAUUGCUUCUUGGCUGGAUCUUUCAAAGCCAACAAUCAACCCUCCAGCUUCCCCUGAUUGAAGAUAAUCCAGGCAUGGUUUCUCAAAAGUAUCUUAACACUAAACUUGUCUUAGCUUGCAAUGGCACAAGGACAAUAUUGCAGCUGGAAUUCUUUUAGGCUCUGUUUUCUAAACUUAUUUUAGCAGCAAGGUCACUUGCACUGUUGUCAAGCACUGAAAGAUUCUUUGGGAAGAACUGUUGUUUGAUUGGGAUGAGAGAGCCUCCUACCCUCUGUUGGUUUCUGGCCGUUCGGACCAUGGUGCACACACAUUAUUUUUUCUUGUUUUAGAAAAAGGAGACAUAGAGCCAACUAGGAUCACACUACCAUCUUGACCUCACAUGCACAAGUAACAUUCCUGGCCUUAUUUGAUGAUGGUGAUCUAUCCAACACCACUUUAUCUUUUUGUUAUAGUUGUUAGAAAGAAAUGUCACUGAUGUGGUACACGGCAUACUACAGGGGCUUUGGGAGCAACACAAUUUUGCACUCUUGUUUUUUCUUUUAGUAACUUCAUCUUGAUAGCGAAACAUUUUAAUCCCACUUGUUUUUAACAACACACCAAAAGGCCUUUUCUUUCUCGGUUUUUUUAUGAUUCAUUUUUAAAUUCACAGUUCAUAAGGUGAAUGUGUGUGCCACACAUGUGCUGGUAAACAAAACUGCUGGUUGGAAAAUGAGGGUGGGGAGGGGGAUAAAAGUGCCUUUCUGAGGGAUGUCUGUAUAGUGCAAUAACAACCCUUUGUGAAUGUCAAGCUGGAUACAAACAAGAUUUGAGAGAUGGGUUUUACAGGUGGCAUUUACUUUUAUACUUUAAGCAAAAUUUAAAAGUAAGUCCAUUAGCACUACACUCACUACCUGGUAUAAGCUUUUAGAACAACUGGUAUCAUAAGUAUAUAUCCCAGUAAUAUCUAUUAUGGAAAAAACAUUGUACUCUGUUGUACUGUAAUCCUCUUGGUUUACAUUACUUUCUCAACCCAGAGUUGUAUCCUAAAAACUGUGACCUGGAAUGCAAGUAUUACGUACAUGUGUUUUCAAAAACCCAACAUUGUGAAAGCCAUCUGCCAAUUCAGAAUAGUCUUUAUUUUUUGGCACAUAAUGUCCUGUUUAUUUAUUUUUUUAUUUAUACAUGUUUUUUAUUUAUUGUGUAAAUGUUAUGGUCUUGACACAAGGAAAUGUUCAAUUCCGAUCACCUUUUGUAUGUAACAUAUUUGGGGGGGAAAUGGGACAAAAUAAAGUUUAUUGAAAAUUAA